AUGGCCAACGGCCCUCCUGCUCAACGUGUAAUACAGCUGGUGAGGCCCCCAAGCAAGCGUUAUGUCGAGGCGCUCCAAGAAAGGAUCAGAACAUUGGAAGCACAAAUCGAGCGAUUCCAAAAUACCACAGGAACUCAGGAGAGAGGCCCAUCGAGCUCCAUUGAAGAUAAUUACAGUACUUCAGAGGGCGACUCUAUCCCUGACGAUUCGAGCUACAGAUCUCCAAUUAAGGAUAUAAGCGACCGACUUGGAGCCCUCAACAUUGGCGAAGACGGCCAAAUCCAUUACUUUGGCUCUAGGAGUAAUUUCUCGCUCCUGAAAAACAGCCCUGUAGCAAGUUCAACAGUAUCAUCGCACGAGCUGCAGAAACAGGCGGCAGAUACCCUUGACCAGCUGAAUCUUCGCGUCGAAGUAUCAGACGAGCUGAGGAAUCAUCUCCUAGACCUCUUUUGGAGUUGGCAGAAUACAUGGCAGUACCUCGUCGUCAAGGAAUUGUUCCUUGAAGAUCUCUACAUCACUCACUCUGGCCGAUAUGCUUCACCUCUAUUACUAUCUGCAGUAUUGGCACUUGCGGCUCGGUACUCAGAUCGAAUUGAACUACGCACCGACCCCCUUGACCAGAAUACGGCCGGGAACGCGUUAGCUGAACAGGCCAAGAUGAUCCUAUUUUAUGAGAGCCAAGCGCCGAAAGUGACGACAGUCCAGGCAACAGCAUUGCUUGGGCUACGAGAGAUAGCCACCGAUAAAGAGGCUCUUGGAUGGAUGUACUGCGGCAUGGCAGCGAGAAUGGCCUUCAACCUCGGACUACAUCUUGACCGAAGCCACUGGGUCGAUACAGGACACAUCACCAAAGACGAAGCUGAAGUUGGUACUAUUGUUUGGUGGGGAUGCUAUGUUUUAGAUAAGUUAUUCAACAUCGGGCUUGGUCGACCAUCCACUAUCCAAGAACACGAAAUAUCGGCCAAGUUGCCUUCUAUGGAACAUGGUGCAGAGUACGAAUCCUGGCAUUCCGAGUCUCCCAUAGGCGAACCUAUCGUCUUUCCACGGAGUCAUCAAGUCUCGAAUGUCCGUUCGACGGUUCAGCUGUUUAGGGUCACAUCAUCAGCCUUGGAUGAGAUACCCGGCAGCCAACAUGCCAAGUCCCGAAUCAUGGAACUCGUCACCAAGACACAUGUGAAUAUCAUCGAGUUUCAGAUAAACCUUCCGAGCUGUCUUCGUCUUUCGCCAUCGCCACUGGCACCUACGCUACCUCACAUCUACUUGCUUCACCUUCAGAUUCAUGUUGCCAUAAUCCUACUCCAUCGGCCUUUUGUUGGAGUGCAGCGAAAGACGUUAGACCCUGGCAGCUUUCAUCCCAGCACUGGGUCAAGUCACCUCAAAGAGUGCAGUCAAUCCUCACAUUCCAUCUCCAACAUUUUCAGGCUUUACAGCAAACAUUACACUUUACGACGAAUACCAAUCUCAGCCAUUCACUGCGCUUUCACCGCAUCAAUCAUUCUUCUCCUUGAAACAACAUCCACAGAUUCCAAGGACCGUGAUCGUGCUAUGGCUUCUCUCAAAGUGCUGGCUGAAGCGCUCACUGACAUGAGUGCUGCUUGGGCCUGGAGCCAGCGUGCAUUGCUUGCAGUUCGCCAACUGGCCCGGGAAUGGGCGGUCAGUGAGGAUGCAUUCAGUGCACUUGGGAUCCGUAAAGGAGAAGACAGCCAGGCCACUGGGAAUGCUAUCAUUGGUACAACACAAGCACUUGAUGAUAAUGAAGCUAGCAGCUCGCUUUGGGUAGCAGAAGGCCCCCAUUGCUUUGACAUGGAUAUUCCGUUUAUGACGAGCGACGGUCUGGACUAUCAGGGAUGGAUUGGCACACUGUUUACAGAACCGGGAUAUCCGGGCGAUGCUGCUUGA